AGGGUCUCCCUUGCAGUUACUUUAACUUGCCUGAAGUCCUCUUAGACAGAUCCUCAAACCUUGGAGUCCCUGCUUUUCUGCAGUGAAAAAGGGUCUUGAGCCUUUGAAUGCCAGAAAGGCUCAUCCUUCCUUUGUAUGUCUGGGGCGGGGGGCGGGACACUCCUCACGGUGCAGUUUUUAGAUCUGUGUGGCUGAUGGUACAUGGGCACCUGACAGCUCUGUCUCAUUCAUGCUUCACUCACUCGGGAUGUAGGACUGUUGCCCUCAUGCUCCACGGCUGUUCUGCAGUCCCCCGGUAGCUCCACACCUUUCACACCUUUCUGCUUUACUGGCCAGACUUUCACUCAGAGGUCAAGUGGAGUCAAGAAGAAGUCAAAAGAAGUUUUGCCUGGGAUUUAAGGAGGAGGCUCCAUAGCAGUAAAGUAAGUUCAAGGUUAGAAAUCUGAAACAAUGGGUGACUGGAGCUUUCUGGGGAGACUGUUAGAGAACGCGCAGGAGCACUCCACGGUUAUUGGCAAGGUUUGGCUGACGGUACUGUUUAUCUUCAGGAUCCUGGUGCUGGGGGCUGCUGCUGAGGAGGUCUGGGGAGACGAGCAGUCGGACUUUACAUGCAACACUCAGCAACCCGGUUGCGAAAAUGUUUGCUAUGACAAAGCCUUCCCCAUUUCUCACAUCCGCUUCUGGGUGCUGCAGAUCAUUUUUGUCUCCACUCCAACCCUUAUCUACCUGGGCCAUGUCCUGCACAUUGUACGAAUGGAGGAGAAGAGGAAAGAGAAAGAGGAGCUGAAAAAGAAGGGAAGCAGCAAAGAUGGCAACUACCCAGUAGCAGCAGCAUCUGGCGGAGGUAGUGGAGGAGGCAGCAAUAACGUCAAAGAUCAACCUAUUGUCAAAAGGGGGAAAGAGAAGCCCCCAAUCCGUGACGAACGUGGUAGAAUCCGUAUGGGGGGUGCCUUGCUCCGUACCUAUGUCUUCAAUAUCAUAUUCAAGACACUGUUUGAGGUGGGCUUCAUUGUGGGCCAGUACUUCCUGUAUGGCUUCGAGCUAAAGCCAGUCUACCAGUGCAGCCGCUCACCUUGUCCACACACUGUGGACUGCUUCAUCUCGAGGCCCACUGAGAAGACCAUCUUCAUCAUCUUCAUGUUGGUGGUGGCCUCAGUCUCCCUGCUGCUGAACAUGCUCGAGAUAUAUCACUUGGGGUGGAAGAAGCUUAAGCAGGGCAUGACAAGCCAGUACAUCCUAGAGAUGCCUGUCGCAACAAUGACGCCGGUUAUGGUAACAGGGGAGUCCAAACCUGUGUCCCUGCCGCCACCAGCACCCCCUGUGGUGGUCACGGCUGCCACGCCGGCCCCUGUUCUGCCUGACACCCGUGCUGUCACCCCGCUGCUGGCCCCAGUGACCAUGGCAUCGUACUACGCCACAGCUGCUCCGAGACCACGGCCCCCCUCCAACACGACGUCCAUGGCGAGCUACCCUGCUGCUCCACAAGCUCCUGAGGAGAGGCACCGUGCCGUGACUCCCACACCCAUCUCCACGCCCGUCACCAUCCCGACCCCCAUCCCCACGCCCACGCCAGCCGUCAUCAACUACUUCAACAGCAGCAGCCGUGCCCUGCCAUCCGAGCAGAACUGGGUCAACAUGGCAACGGAGCACCAGGGCAAGGUUUCCUCCAGCUCCGCAGGCUCCUCUACCCCCAGCAGCGUCCGGCAUCCCCUUCCUGAGCAGGAAGAGCCCCUGGAGCAGCUCCUCCCACCCCCGGCCGUGCUGCCCAUGGCCGCCAACAGCGGCAGCAGCACCAGCCUGAGCGGGGCGAGCGGCGGCAAGUGGGAUGUGGAGGGCGAGGUGGAGCUGUCGGGGGCGCGGCCCGUCUCGGCUGCCUGCACCACGGUGGAGAUGCACGAGCCCCCGCUGCUCGUAGACACGCGGCGCUUGAGCAGGGCCAGUAAGUCGAGCAGCUGCAGAGCCCGGUCCGACGACCUGGCCGUGUGAGGCGGGCGGCCGCGCUCGGGGCAGCAGGUGCUGCGAGGAAGGCGCGGUGGGCAGGGGAGCUGCCCGGGGAGGCCAGGCCUGGCGUGGGUGAGAAGGCCUGGGCUUCAGACUUAGACGCUUGCUGUUUUUGCACUCUGUGAGUUGUAGUGGGGGAAAUUAUCAACAUUUUCUAAUAGGUCAGGGGUGACCGAAGCGCAGCCCGUGGGCCGGGGGGCCAGUCCCGCUUUCCUUCAUGUUCACGGCAGAUCUCGAGGGCAGCCGCAGGGGAGGCCGGCACAGAUAUCGGGGCAGUGGUAGCUGAUACGUGCCCGAGGCCGACAUUCAUCCGAGACAAGUGCUAAUAGCCCUAGUGCCCAUGCACCUGUCUGGCAUCUCUCCUGCCCUUGCCUUCACUUCAGCUCUUUCCCAGAAGCUUUACAUGAGCAGAUGCAAUGACUUCCUUUCUUCCUCUUGAAUCCUCCAUAGGCCCUAUGGCAAACAUCAGGGUGGUGUAUUGCCAACUUGUUGUGUCUACGGACCAACUUGCCUUAUUGAAAGUAACUCAGUUUAUUCCAUAUAACAUGACUUAAUGAAGCCUUUGUGUUCGUGGCAAGACACCCAUGUGGUCCUCGGCCAGGCAAAGUUUAGGGAACCCCUGGAAUAGAUUUUUGAGGUUGUUCUUUCCAUAAUUUUUUUUUUUAACUCUUGACCUGUUAGGAAGUGUUUGGUUUGACCUUCUAUCCAGUGUUUGCCAACCAUGAUCACACCAUGUUUAUAAGCCUGCAAAUAUGUUUGAGCAUGUUUGACUAUAAUUUUAGCUGACUUCUAAAAUUGCUUACAGGAGGACAGGAAUUCAAACCACACCUCAGAAAUUAUUGCACAGAACAAUUUCUCUUCAGAAAGCAAGGAUUAUCAUUUAAAUACACUGUGGCCCCAUAUAUUGCCUGUGAACAAACAAUUAGGAUAAAGUAUGGCUCUGCAUUUUAGACUAUUAGAUAUCAGCUUAAGUUUGUUGGAAAAAUGCUUUUUAGAAGUAAACUUGGGUGCUUAUUUUUAAGUAAUUGAACAUUUUGAGAAUAAUCUGUAGGUUUAAAGUUAUUUGACUGUGUACUUAAUAAAUUUAGUUUGAUCUUUGAUCUUACAAGAAAAUGUAAGAGGAAAGGAACUUACUAAUGGUGAAAUUCCAAAGCAACAUUAUUUCCUGUUGUGUACUGUUUAACAUCAAUCUGUAGUGUCUUUAGGUCAGUGAAAACAGACUUAGAUAAUACUGUAUUGCAGAAAAGGUGGCUAAAAUAUCUGGGCAACCUGGUGGCUAAAGGGUCUAUCCUGAUCCGACUGAAGUCACUUUCAGAAUUUCCAUUCAAUUUAACAAGGAGCAAGAUUUGGGAAUGGAUCUCGCAGGCCUUUUUCAAGCAAGACUAGCAUUCACAUGAAGUUUUGGGAGCCAGAAGAGAUUUAGAUUUUGGGCCUUAGAAAAGACAUUGAAAUCCUGCUUUUGAAAAAUGUGUGUGCCCCUUAAAAUGGAUGAAGGAAAGUACUGGGGUUUUUUUGUAAGGUGCAGCUUUCCUUUCAGCAGGCUCUGUCCCUUAUUCCCUCCUUAACAAGAUGUUAGAAUUCUGCAUGCCUGAAUAGGCUCAGUAGAGUUUAUUACAGAAGGAAUACAGAAUUAGGCCGAGCUUCUGUUCUAAGCAAAAUUCAGUAGAACUAAAGCUUGGAGUCAGUCCUGUUGCUGCUAUAAAUCGAAAGUACUGUAACUGGAAAAGAGCAAUCAAACACCCUGGGAUAACCCUUUGCAUCUUCAAAGUGUUUGGCCUGGCAGUGCAGUCCUUACUCAGGCAAAGCAGAGUCAACCUGUAGCAAGUAGUUAACAUUACCGGUUAUUUCUGCUUUUAAAUGUUUUCCUGAGUGUGCUUAUUUUAUUAAACAGUCAAAAUAUAUUCCCACUACUCAAGAUUAAACGUUUUUACUGCUUUCUGAGUAGUCACAAAGAGCUUCUCAUGAUCAGAAGCGCUGCUUCUGCAGCCUUUGGGCAUGUUGUCUCAUGACUUCCUUCUGCUUGUGUUGAACCAGGUGAGGAGAAGUCCUUCUGCUGCCAUGGAUCUUAAGGGCAGCCACUGCAUUAAAAGUCAAUGUGUAGUAGUACAAUAAAGAUAUUUAUUAUUAGGUAUUCAGCUUCAGGCAUGCUCUCAUGGGUUUUCUGUGUUAUAAGCCAUAAAAAUGCUUUCUGCAAGAAAACUAAAAGCCAAGUUCUGCUUUUUAUUGUAUCCCUGCAACUAUGCUGAACAUAGACUAAGGUUGAUGAAGUUGCCUAGAUGUAAGAAAAGGCAGAGAUUCAGAUUCAAAAUUUUUAGAUUUACUAGCAUCUAUAGUAGCAGUUUUGUAAGUUUUGAUAAAUGCCAAUUAACUACAUAGCUGAAAUAAUGCAAGAUAUGCAUCUCUGUAUUUUAGUACAUUGGAGUUUAUGGACUACAUUUUCCUUUGUUCUAUGCUUCUGAAGAAUGAAGUCAAAGUCUUUCUGGAGUGUAUUUAUAUAAACCAGAUCACCUGGAAUGUGUGCUUUUUUAUAUCACUUCCUGAGAGCAAAACUGAUGUUGUUUGAUUGGGCUCUGCAUCUUGCAGCCCUUACUUUAGUACUACCCUCACAGUGUGUCCUGCAGGAUUGCACCCAUAUUGUAUAUAAAAAAUACUAAGAGAGAUACAUUUAUCUUAGGAUCAGCUGAGAUCUAGGCUGACCUUUUCAAGUUAAUGUGUGUGGUUAGACCUGCAGAAAGCUUUUGUGGAAUAUAUGGUAUUUUCAGCCAGAGGAACUACUGGAAAGCUCUAAAAGAUGGUUUUUCCUGUUAGGUGAAGCUCGGGGGGAGAAAUGUAACUCUAUUGCAACCCCUAAGAGAAGUCUGAGAGAGCAGCCUCUGCAUCCAGGCAGUCCUUGUCUGAGAAAGCAAAGCU